CUCGCUACAAUCUUCGAAAUAUCGAAGAGAAGGUACGCCAGGAGAUGGGACUCAAAACUGCACCAACCAGUACCAACCCGCCUAAAGGGAAGCCUUUGGCGAAGACCUACAAGGCUCCUGCGCAUCAACCAGCAUUACCAAAUUUCCAGACUCUGGGGAUGCUCGGCCAAAUGCCCAUGACAGUUCACCCAGCUGCUCGCGAGAAAUGGACCGGGUAUCGUGAGGACCCAAACCAGUCGGAGAUCGCUGACCACACCACCACUGUCAAAUUCGAGCCAUCCAGCGACAGCCCUGUCGAGAAGAACGGCCGGUUUGUAUCACUUUGGAAGGAGGGCAGCCAUCUGAUAGACGCUCAAGGUCGGUCUGUGGAGCUAGCGACGGAAGACGAUGAAGAGGACGUGUCCUUGCCCAUGUCUCGAAUUGACCUGCAAGAUAAAACCGACAUCACCAUUCCGGACGCGGAAUCCACGCCGAAGGGGAAAUUCGACGGGAUGGCGAUCCAAGACACCUACUUCGAUUCCGACGACUCAGAGUACCCAGAUGAGGAGUUUCAAACAGCGACCGAGGGUACCUCCAAACCAGAAGCUGGAUGCCAACUUCACUGCAACAACGAGAUCCUCACUCGUCUACGUGCCGCUGCCCCCCGAACGGAGUUCGCAUAUCGGAACUGCGCUCUUGAUGAGAUCGAGCGAAUAUUCCUUCUCGAGCAAACCAAGGCGGAGAGGUACGCUGGAUAUGUGGUUCCUCCCUUGGUUGUCAUUGCCACGGACCGGGCUAAAUUCAUUAUUCAAUGCCGAAACGACGACAUUGAGCGUCGCGGGCUUGAUGAGUACUACGUUGACGCCCAGAUUGAUUGGGCUAAGUGGACCGUGAAGGCAGUCAAAGCGGGCCUCUUCCACCUUCCUCGAGGACAGUGUGGCUCACUUCGGAAUCAGGUCCAGGCUCGGGAUCCCUAGGCACCGCUAGUGCUUGGAGUUUCAUAUCCGUUCGGGGCUUCAACGAUGUCUGAAGUUGGAUGAGACUUUGCCACUCACGAGAGUUUGGGUCCUUCAAUGACUAAAUAGGACUGUGCCUCUCGGUAACUUACAUUUGACCCUAAUUUAGUACUACAUCGGUGCGUUCGUAAAGGUGACUAUCACAGCGUGAUGCUCAAAGUCUCGGUUUCCAGUGUGCUAUUUACUGGUUUGCGGGACGUAGCAUCAGAACGUUGGCGGAACGCGAACAUUCUAUACAUGAGCGCCUUGUUUGCUACCAGUAUUGCUUGCUGUAAGUGUCUGACCCAUCUAACAUCAACUCAUUUCACUUCUAUUUGCUUGUGUUCCACAGCAGCGCAUAUAUGAAGCCAAUCUUCUCAUUGCUGCAUAUUGAUCC